AUGGUUUUAUCUCCAAGAACUGGUCUUGGACGACUCUUAUUAUUCGUUAUUAUUUUAUCAACAAUAUCUUAUCUUGUUCUUAAUUUAGUUUCAUUUGGAGGAACCCCAUGGAUAACAUAUACCAAUGUUUCAAUCACUUUUGGUCUUUGGAGAGUUUGUUAUACAGGUGAAUCAGGUGUUUGUAAUCAAUGGACUGAUAAUACAUACGACUCAAGUUUUAUUAAAAGUAGUCAGCCAUUAGAAAUAAUAUCUUUAAUAUUUUAUGUAUUUGCUGCUUUUCUUAUUAUGUUUGGUAUAAUAAAUCUUGGAGGAUCAUCAUUUCAAAUUAUGUUUCUUGCUGCUGCCAUUCUUUUAUUCAUAUGCAUUGUAUUUAUAUCAGCAACAUUGGGUGUUAUGUCUGUUCAAGGUCGUAGUGAUUACUCUGGUUUUCUUGAUUGGGCAUGGUGGAAUGGUCUUGUUGGUCUUAUUAUGACAAUAGUUUUUUUUUUUUCAUUAUUUGCUAUCAUUCUUGAUAUGAGAUUAUCUCCAUUAAAUAGAGAAACAUUGAAAAAGAAAAAGAAUUUAAAACACCAACAGCCAGUCUAUGCUCCAUAUGUACCUCCAAUGUCAUCUGCUGUUCUGUUACCACCGGUUAAUUCACAAUUGUUUUAUUCUCCAGCACAGAUCCCAACAAAUGUUUUAUCAAGUCAACCAAUGCAUUUUCCAUAUGAUCAAGGAUAUUUAAAUCAACAUUUUCCAACUGAUUACUUUAAUUCACCAGAAUAUAAUUCUAAUAAUUAUUUUCCACACAAUUCGAUGCAAUAUCAAGGUCAAUAUCCAUUUGAAUCAUAUAAUUAUAAUCAAACUCUACCACCCAUGAUAUCACAAGGAGCUCUCGAUUAUGCGUUAUAUGGUUCCGAUGCUCAAUUUCAACAAGAUCAUAUUCACCCAUAUUAUACAAAUACUUAUCUUUAG